GGAGAGUGAACUCCGCUUCGAGCAGAGUCAUGUGACAAACACGGACAUCAUGGCGACGCUCACUGGAAUACACAAGCAAACAUAACUAACAUAAUUUCUACAAAUUUCUCUGGCAGUUUUUUUUGCAGCCAUGCUGGGUACAUUCGCUAUUCGACAUCUACCAUGGCUGACAUUACUGGUGUCGCUUGUGUUUGGCGGUAAGAUGAAGAUUGUAGAGGAACCAAACACAUUUGGGUUGAAUAGCCACCUGUUGGUGCAGGGCAGCCGACUGCAGGCCAGAGUCAAACCAUCUCCUGUGUCUGGCCCUCCUCAUCUGUCCAGGCUGGCUGGGAAGUGCUUCAGCUACAUUGAGUCCACGUACAAGUACGAGUUCUGUCCAUUCCAUAAUGUGACGCAACACGAGCAGAGCUUCAGGUGGAACGCCUACAGUGGAAUACUGGGGAUCUGGCAGGAGUGGGAGAUACAGAAUAACACCUUCAGUGCAAUGUGGAUGAGAGAGGGUGACUCGUGUGGGAGCAAGAGCAGACAGACUAAGGUCCUUUUUGCAUGUGGGAACAGCAGUAAGCUGGCCAGAGUGUCGGAGCCACAGACGUGUGUGUACUCGCUCACAUUUGAAACACCGCUGGUUUGUCACACACAUUCCCUCCUGGUGUAUCCAGUGCUGAGUGAAAAAUUGCAGAAGGAGUGGGAUGAGAUUGAGCAGGCUCGAUAUGAAGAACUCAUCACUGAACAGGGCUACAAUAAGAUGCUGAAGGAUCUGUUUGAAGAGGCUGGUUUUCUGAAGAAAAAUCAGCAGCAGAAAUGGGAAGAAACCCCUCAAGCUCCUAAACAUCAGAGUUUGGAGCAGUGCACACAGGACUACGAGAAACAGCGUGCUGAAAUCGAGCGACUGCGCUCCCUCCUCACCCAGCACAACAUUUCCUACGAGACAGAGACUGGUGAGACACGUGCACGCCCUUAAGGCUACCAUGCACUGGACGCACCAGUCAGGCCAAACACCCCACUGACUGCUCGACCCUCAGUGCUGCAGGACCAGCAUCUCCGUGGCGACACGGGAAUCAUUCCUGACCUUUAGCAAGAUCUGCAACAACCACUUACCUCUGGACCAAGGAAAAAAACUCCAUUGUCAACUACUAGGAACUGCAGGACAAAUUUUGUUUUUAUGGGUGAUUUUAUGUUUGACUUAACUGAUCGUUUCAAUUGAAGGACAGUUGCUAUCUGAAAAAUGUACGUUUGACUUGUUUAAAACAUAAUAAACUGUGUGUAUAUUAAGAGAAA